GCGACGGACCUUGCCAGCAAAGGCCUGCCUACACGCUUGCCAGAGAAGGGCAUCGUGCAGUCAGAGACGCGCCGACAGAGCCGGGAGAGUCCAUUUGCUCGCGAAGUCUCCCUCUCCGGGAAUCCGUCGAUAGCCUCGGCCGCAUUAGGCCCCGACGCCAGCGAGUCCGUGCCCUGCCGUCGCGUGCGCUACGAGGAGGGUGAGAAGGGCGAUGCUGCAGCUGCCGGCACGCACAGCUGGCCACUGGCGAUGUCGCGGGAGGAUCGAGACGACCAGAAGCGCGUCACCAUGUUUUUCCUCGAUCCGGCUCAACUCCUGGAAGAGAUCGGCAGCCACGGGAAGAAGAAG